UUGUGAGGAGCAGAGCCAUGCCUUUCCUGCAUGGGUUUCGACGGAUCAUUUACGAGUACCAGCCCCUGGUGGAUGCUGUGAUGUGUGUUCUUGGGCUGGAGGAAGGAGACAGUGACAGUCAGGAGGACGGAGUCAUAAGCCCGGAGGACAAGUCUGGUCCCUGUAGUUCUCUGGUAGAGCUUCUGGAGCGAGAGUCUCAGUCUGAGGUGUUUGUUGAAGGCAUCAGCUAUGCUUUGUUUAAGGUGGCAGAGAAGGGACUGGUGCCCGCUGCUGAAAUCCUUCUGCGCUACGGAGCUUUUCUCAACUUUGAAGACCCAGUGUCCUACUACAAUCCCCUACAUAUAUCAGUUUUGCGAAACAAGCCAGAAAUGGUGAAGCUGCUGGUCGGACGUGGAGCAGACAUCGAAAAGAGGGACCGGGUCCAUGAGAGCAGUCCCCUGGAUCUUGCCACUGAAGAGCCGGAGCGACUGCUCUGCCUGCGCACGUUGCUGGACUUGGGCGCUGACGUUAACGCAAGAGAUAAAUAUGGAAAAACACCUCUGCUCCAUGCGUUGGCAUGCAGUGAUGGCCUCAUAGUGCACAACACAGAGAACAUCCAACUUCUUCUUCAGAGAGGAGCUGACACGGGUGCCGUCACUGAAGACGGUGAAACCGUGGAGUCCUCGUUGGUGUUCCUGGUGAAGGAGGCUCUGGAGGCCAGCGAGGAGGACGCCGCCGAGAUCGGCAACUUCUGCGUGAAAACCGCGCGGCUGUUGCUGACUCACGGGAUGGACCCCAGCUACUGCAAGAAAGAAGACUUUGAGCCCUCGCUGACACACACAACCCUGGAGCACUUUGACCACCUCUUUCCUUUGGCUGUGCUGUUGAUCCAGAGCGGAGCGUCUCUGGUUUGCUCCCAUCACGGCAACUCCUGCUGGUCAGGCUACAGCCUCCUUUUCCAGCGGCUGCAGACGGCCCUGCAGCACUGCUCUGAGCAGAGUCACGCCUCCGAGCUCCUGGAGCAGGCUGAGAUGUUGCUCGACUUGGCGAGGGUGAACUUCCCCACGCUGCACGUGCCUCUCAGGGUGGAUCUCCCCGCGCCCGGCCGGGACCCUCACCCCUACGCUCAGGCUCUUGCGGACCUGCACGACCACGCCGUGGAGCGUGACGCCGGCCCUCCGCCGCUGCAAAGCCUUUGCAGGAUUUUCAUCAGGUCCCACCUGGAGCCGUGGCCCCUGGAAGACAAAGUGAAAGCCUUGCCAUUACCAGACCGACUGAAAGACUUCCUGCUGCCUGAGCUUCAGUAUACACCAAAGCCUGGCUGGGACUGCUUCAAGCCCCAGCAGAGCCAACGCUGAUAGCCUAAACCCACUGGCUCGUUUUUUUGUUCUUCCUAUAAUUUCAAAUGGAAAAACCUAACAGGCGUGAUAUCAUUUGAAGAUAUUGCCUGGGGACAUGUACAUAUGUUAAUCUGAGCCUAACAAACCAUCAAAGCCUAUCUUCAAUUCUCAUUUUUGCGUCGUCGGUGCCAAAUGUACAGGCACAAGAUGUGUAUAUGUUUACUUUUAACAUAUAAAUUGAUUGUAUUUUGAAGUGUAGCGUACGUUCACUUCACAGAAAAUGAAUGCGCACGCUCAAUUAUGUGUAAAAAAAGAAGUUGCAGCACAAAAUGGAAGCCACCAGAUGGCAGUGUUGCUCCUGCAUAUCAAAAGUGGCUCAGACACCAGGGUCAGAGAUUUAGUUAUUCUCAGUGCAGCCUAUUAAAGUUGUUCUAGCGCAGCAGAGUCCAUCUAUAUUUUAUCUCCUCAACGUGAUGGUGAUGUUUUUGGGGGAUGAAAUGAAAUCUUCUCGCUUUCUUUUUUUUGGACCAUUAAAAUAGUCGUGUGUUUCAGUAACGGCGUCCUGAUCAUUUAUAGCGUCUUAAAGAUGUUUUUGCCAAUUAUUGUUUUCAAUUGACCAGAUAGUGGCAGUGCAGCACUGACUGCGAGCCCCGUAUCUGUUAAAGGGGGUAAAAAUUGCAUUUCCCUCAGGGUUGUGUGCAUAAACCAAACAUCAGUUGAGAGAAUGCUUAAAAGAAAGUGGAAUAAAAAUGUGCAGAAAGCG